UUACUUAAUAAUAUGGUUAGUGUUUAUUUAUUUAGGUUUCAAAUAUUAGUGACUUUUGGUCCGAAGUACAAACAAGAAUUUGAGGAAGGGAUGAUCAAAUAUAAAUCUAUAAAACGACAUUUGGGUUCGUGUCGCACACUUUGGCAAUCUGCGAUUCCAGCAACUCUCACAGAUUCAGAGAUUUCAUCACGCGUUAUAGACGACAGGAACAUUCUGAGACGGAGUCUGAACAGCUCCAAAUUCGGUCUUCACGUUCUGGACCUCAUUCAGUGCGGUUCGCUCCAACCGGACAGAAGCUUGUAUAACACGUUGCUAAAGAGGUGCACCCAGUUGGGAAAGCUUAAAGAAGGAAAACUAGUGCAUUUCCACAUUCUUAAUUCAGAGUUCAAAGAUGACCUCGUUAUUCAGAACUCUGUUCUCUUCAUGUACGCAAGGUGUGGCAGUUUGGAAGAUGCACGCCGCCUGUUUGAUGAAAUGCCGUGCAGGGAUAUGGUCACUUGGACCUCCAUGAUCACUGGCUAUGCUCAGAAUGAAAGCGCCAAUGACGCACUUGUGUUGUUUCCCGAGAUGCUCCGGGAGGGUGCGAAGCCGAAUGAGUUCACAUUGUCGAGCUUGGUGAAAUGUUGUGGAUUUAUAGCAAGUUAUGGUUAUGGGAAGCAGAUUCAUGCUUGUUGUUGGAAGUUUGGAUGUCACUCUAAUGUGUUUGUGGGGAGUUCCCUCGUGGAUAUGUAUGCUAGGUGUGGCUACUUAGGGGAGGCAAGGUUGGUUUUUGAUGAGUUGGGUUGUAAGAAUGAGGUUUCUUGGAAUGCUUUGAUAACAGGUCAUGCUAGGAAGGGUGAAGGAGAGGAGGCGUUGGCUAUGUUUGUGAGGAUGCAAAGGGAAGGUUACAAGGCAACUGAGUUUACUUAUUCGGCACUUUUGGGUUCUUGUUCGAGUAUGGGGUGUUUGGAGCAAGGGAAAUGGCUUCAUGCGCAUUUGAUGAAAUCGGGUAAGAAGUUGGUUGGUUAUGUGGGGAACACCCUACUUCACAUGUAUGCAAAGUCGGGCAGCAUUUGGGAUGCAGAGAAGGUUUUUGGCAAGUUGGUGAAAGUUGAUAUUGUUUCUUGCAAUUCCAUGCUGAUAGGGUAUGCCCAGCAUGGGCUUGGGAAGGAAGCAGUGCAACAUUUUGAAGAAAUGAUAAGGUUUGGAAUUGUACCUAAUGAUAUAACAUUCCUUUCUGUUCUUACUGCAUGUAGCCGUGCUAGACUUUUGGAAGAGGGUAAACAUUAUUUUGGAUUGAUGAGAAAGUACAAUAUCGAACCAGAAGUCUCACACUACACGGCAAUUGUUGAUCUUCUUGGUCGAGCUGGUCUUCUUGAUCAGGCAAAGAGUUUCAUAGAACGAAUGCCAAUUGAGCCCUCUGUGGCUAUCUGGGGUGCUUUGCUUGGUGCUUGCAAGAUGCAUAAAAACACCAAAAUGGGCGCAUAUGCUGCCCAGAGGGUUUUUGAGCUCGAUCCUUCUUAUCCAGGGACACAUACAUUACUCGCCAAUAUUUAUGCCUCUGUUGGGAGGUGGGAGGACGUUGCAAAAGUCAGAAAGAUAAUGAAAGAUAGUGGACUGAAGAAGGAACAAGCAUGUAGCUGGGUUGAGAUUGAAAAUUCUGUUCACGUGUUUGUGGCUAAUGACCUUGCCCAUCCACAGAAAGAUAAGAUCCAUAAAUUGUGGGAGGAGCUAAAUCAGAAAAUUAAAGAGAUUGGCUAUGUUCCUGACACUAGUCAUGUGCUUCUGUUUGUAGACCAACAAGACAAGGAAUUGAAUUUGCAGUAUCAUAGUGAGAAGCUGGCUCUUGCAUUUGCCCUUCUGAAUACUCCUCCUGGAUCUAUUAUACGCAUUAUGAAGAAUAUUAGGGUUUGUGGUGAUUGCCACUCAGCAAUAAAAUAUGUGUCAUUGGUGGUUAAGAGGGAAAUCAUAGUCAGAGACACCAAUCGGUUUCAUCAUAUUCGUGAUGGAUCCUGCUCGUGUGGGGACUACUGGUAGUGCUAAUUAUUAUCAAUAUUACCUAAUCAUAGAUAGGUAUCAUGGGAUAGUUUUUUGUUCAAAUAUUAUCACCUAAUCACAAAAGGAAUGAGUUUUUUUGCA